AUGUUCACUCCCACAAGCAGGCAAUGGUUAAGCGUUCUUCGCCUUACGCCGAUAAUACUCGGUUCGAUCCUGCUCUUCGCCUGUACCGACUUAGGUUUGGCCAUCGCCUACGCCAAACAGCUCUUCAACGCUCCGCUGGAUGAAAGUAAGUGGGACUAUACUAGAGACAGGCGGUGGUCCACUGCCUGGUUUCUCCUCUACUCCGGAUUCUUCCCAUUCCUCAGCGUUACUCACAUCACCGUCGAUGCCGCGCUCUUCUUCUUUGCGCAGCUUAACCCUAUCUGCACUCUCACAUUUUCGAUUCUGCUGUCCCUCGGCUGGAUCAUUCAACUUUCCUUCUGGUGUCAUUGCGACUAUGGCCCAGACUCUAACACAUGCUACCAAUUCUAUAUCAUGGGAGACCAGCACUCCGAUAUGAAUAGUAGCCUGAGUGGGGUCUCCGGAGGAAUCACGGGUGCGAAGGUGAUUUUUGGAAUGAUUGUGCUUGUUCUGUAUAUUGCGUAUCUGACACUCGCCGCGACCGCAGUGGAAAACAUGAGAAGAACGGGUCAUGUUAGGAUAGAUGACCAAGAGGAGCAAGGGCUAGAGGAUGGCUAUUCGAUAGAGAACAGACAUUUAGCCUCUCAUUCGGUCGAGCACCUCAGGAGUCUAGGCAGUCUCUUGAGAGGAGGCACGGGCGUGUGA